GAGGAUCGAGCCUCAAAAGUUACAAGGGUCUCGCUUUGUUCUCUUCAUAAGCAACUUGUACAGAGUUUUGACUGGUAUAACAACAGUAAAAGUGGUGACGCUUUUACUUCUCCUUGCACAUAUAUUUCAAGAUUCACCUUUCUUUUUUACUUUGCCAAGAAGAGAUGAAAGAUUCUUAUUUUUCCAUUAUUUCUACAUUUAUAUUCUUUUUUACUAAUAGACGAAAUUUAUCGAGUAUAUUUAAAAGAACAAGACCUUUACCGGUUUGGAUAACAAUCACAAUAUAAAUUUGAGAUUUGACUCAACAAAGGAAUCAGAUAAAUUGUUUUAUCUUAUUCUGCUGAAUAUUGUUUGCGAGUUGACGACAUUUUUAUUCGCUGUAGAGCAACUUGGAUAAAACAGCGUUUCUCUUCUUUUUCAAGUUUGACUUGUCCCUAGUAGAAAUGAACAUUCCUUCUAUUGAUAGACCCGUUUUUUAUACGAAACGUUGAGUUGUCUUUGAUUCUCGUCACUAAUAUCCAAAAGGAAGCCUCUACUAGUGUACCUAUCAGGUUAUAUUUCGCAAGAGUCUUCUUCCAAGUGCCUAACGCAAGGAACUUUUGUAUAGUGACUCACUUAUUCAAUGAGCUGAUGGUUGAGAAUGGAAGAAAAAUAGGACUCAACUGGACAAAUCGUUCUUUGAAUUUACAGAGCUUUUAAAAGUUUUACCUUUUUUUAUAUUGAAAGAGAUAAUAGACCUCUUGGAGUUAUCUCGCUCCUAAAGUAGCUUUGUACUUUUUAUAGUUUGCUUUCUUGUAUAUCUUUAAAAGUUGUGGUUUUUACAAAGUUUAUCGUACAAGAGGAUGCAGCAAAACAUUUU